AUGCUCGCCGACCUGCGCGUGCUUCACGUGCCUUCGUCUGAUACCAAUGUGCUCCCACCCGUCAUCCUCCAGUUCGGCGCUGAUCGCUACCUGUUUAACGCCGGUGAAGGCACCUCUCGCUCCUCGACACAGCGCAAAGCUAACCUCAGCCGCAUCUCGAACAUUUUUGUCUCUCGCGUAGGCUGGGAGGCCAUCGGUGGUCUUCCUGGUGUGCUCAUGUCCAUGGCUGAUGGUCAGCGUUCCACCGAAUCUCUUCACGGUCCAGACGGCCUUCGCUAUGCCCUCGCCACAAUGCGAACUUAUGCAAAGAGAGACAUCAUGAAGCUCGACGUUCACGAGGUGCCUUCCCUGUCCCACUCCUCGCCUCCAGAUCAAAAUCCGUCCGAAAUCUCAGACGCAGCCUCAGUUCCCAUAUUCACCGAUGACAAUCUUGCUGUCUACGCAGUGCCCCUCCACCCUACCAAGGCAUUGGAACCAGCUUUCAAAAAGCCAAAGGUCGACUGCGAUCGCUCGGCAGCUGUCUCUGCCGCAACUCUCGAUAAGGUGGAUCAGCUCUGGCGAAAGCCUUACUUCAAUCCUUCCAUCUUACAAGGGCACGAAGCACAAGCCUGGAUCCGCCUCGUCUCUGACAGCAUCUUCAACGAUUCUCUCCUUCGCAAACGCGAGCAGCAAGCGACCGAUAUCACCGAAAGUGUCACAGACACAAGGUCAUCGCGCAAGCUUGUGUCUUCGGUCGAUGAUGUGGAAAUCCCAGAUGCCGAUCAACCACAACCUUCAUCUUCUCCACAUGCCCGAGCUCUUGCGCCAUGGCGUCCCCCACUUUCGCCUGCAUUCGUUACUCGCCUUCUACCACGACCACCCAGCGACACUCGCAACGUUCUGGCCGACCGCGCCGAUCCAGCAGAAGGCGGACAGGCUCCGGUCCUGGCUUUCAUUUGUGAAGCGCAUCCACAGCGUGGCAAGUUUGAUCCUGUCAAAGCCACAGAAGCCGGCGUGCCGCCAGGACCUUUGUUCGCCGCCUUGACAAAGGGAGAGGACGUCACCCUCAAGCGACCCACAUCUUGGUCCAGCAUGCCAUCACAUGAAAGGAAGAAGUGGCUGCAGAGUCAGACCGGCGGGCGUCGGGGUGCUACUGGCUCAUCCAGUACCAACGCAAAGCAGAAAGCCCAACAAAACGGCAAGGUAAAGCAUCAAGGUGCAGGUGAAUCGACACCGGCAGCAUGGAACGAUCUUGAGGAAGUACUAGUCAAGUGGAACCACGUUGUAGGCCCUUCUCGAGCUGGCGCAGUCGUCUUCUAUAUCUACCUGCCAUCGAUCGAUUACAUCGACAAUCUGCUCAGCGACAGCGCAACAUUGGCCUUCUCCCCAUACACUCUCCAAGCCAACGGCCAUCUCAGCAAGGAGCAGUCUCGAAUGCCGCACGUCAUUGUACAUGCUGUCCCCGUCGACCUCCUCCAAGAUCCACGUUACCAGACAUGGAUGCGUCAAUUUGGACCCGACUGCCACCAUCUUAUCGCCAACUACAAUGUCUGUGCCAACAAGCUCAUGUUUCCUUCCAGCGCCACCAUCCCGCUCCGCCUCUCCAAGCUUGAUAACGUCAUGUUCAAGGUACCGCAGUACCAGCUCACACCCCAAGUCCCCGUGUCCGCGCUCUCAAAGGCGGUUAUGAGUGACAGAGCAGAUGCUAGCGAUUUUCCACUGAAGUUUGUAGCAGCCGAAGCGGACCAGGUGAUCCCACUCCAUCCAAGAGGCGAACCGAAACACUUCUCUUCGGGUGCACCGGACUUCGACUUUCCCAUUCUAUCAGAACGAGCCGCUAAGGUUGCUGCAUUCGAAUACGAUUACGCCGAAGAAACAAAACAACAGACACAGCCGAUCGCCAAGGGCAAAGUCAAAGCCAAAGGCAAUUCUAAGAAUGGCGUCGGUGCCACUACAGAAGCAUUGCACGACGGACUCAGCACAAUGCGCAAUACCCGCCUGCGAGAAGCGCGCAAGCAGGCAUGGCAGGCCUAUCUCGACGUAGUCAAGAAGAUCAAGGCUGAAACUGAACCCACAGCGGCAUCCGUCCCUUCGGAAAAGGACAUUCUUGUGACAACCCUGGGUACGGGCUCAGCAGCACCGAGCAAGUACCGCAACGUCAUUUCCACCUUGAUCCAGACACCGUCUUCGGGCAACAUCCUGCUUGACGCUGGUGAGUCAACGUAUGGUCUACUUCGACGCAAAUUCGGCUGUCGACGAGAUGGUACCGCGGCCGAGAGCGGAUCGUUGGUAUCACAGGACGUCGACGACAUUCUGCGCAAGAUGCAUGUGCUUUUCAUCAGCCACAUCCAUGCCGACCAUCACAUUGGUGUUAUCCGACUGCUCUUGGAACGACGCAAGCUGGUACCCCGACCCGACAAGCCGCUUUACCUCUUCGGCACUAGUUUUGUGCACAACUACCUUGAAGAGUACGAGCAGUUGGAAAAGCUCGGCUUAGACGAGGAUGUCAUUCUCGUCCUGAACGACCACCUUGAUCAUCAGAAGGGAGUCGAUCCCAAUCUUUCCAACCAACAGGGCCUGAGCGCAGCGUUCGCAAAUCGCAACAGUUGUGGCCAAGAGCAAGCCCGCCAGGAGCAUCUCGCUCACGUCCAGGCUAUUAAGGAUCUCACUGGCCUCUCGUACAUCCACACUGCACGUGUCGUCCAUCGCGGCUCGCAUUGUUACGGCCUUGUCGUGCGACACGCCAUGGAAAACUGGUCGGUUGCCUACUCUGGAGACACGCGCCCUGCGCCCGAGCUGAUCGCGGCGGGCAAAGACUGCUCCUUGCUCAUCCACGAAGCAACGCUCGAGGAUGGCGAACUCGACAUGGCUAUUGCCAAAGGACACUCGACAUUUGGAGAAGCAAUCCGCGUGGGGCACGAGAUGGGUGCACACAAUAUUCUGCUGACACACUUCUCGCAGCGCUAUCCCAAAAUGGCCAGAUCGUCGCUGUUUGCAUUGAGCGAGCAGGGCGAUAAGAAUUGGAGGAAUGUGCCGAUUGCGCUCGCAUUCGAUAUGGUGACGUAUCCGCUCAGUCAAUUCGACAAGAUCCAACGCUACACGCCGGCGAUGGAGGCGCUUUUUGCAGCGGAUAUAGAGGGCGAUGAGGAGGUUCAGUCGAUCGGCGGAGAUGAACACGGUGCCAACGGCGUGGUCGAAGCCAAGGGUAAAGCGGUGACUUUGGGCCAAGAACGAGACCGCGGAAAGCAAGGCAAGCACAAACAGACCAUGACUGGCCGCGACGCGAAUGGCUCGAGCGGUGCAGCCGGCGCCGCUAUGGCAACGUUGGGCAUUGUGGCUGCCACUGACGAUUCAGCUGCAAGAGCGGCGGAGGAAGUUACACACAAGACAGACAACCAGCUUUGCCAUGCAGAACCACAGUGUUCCACGGAGCGAUACGUGCGAAAAGGGAUGAAGCCACGCGAAUGGCGGUACGUUGGUAUGCGACUGACGCCAUCGGCGUCAUCUAGGCUCGCCGUGAUUGUGCCGAGGCUCGUCUUGCAACUUGUGCAGACCGCGCAGACAGGUACGCUCGGCAAUGUUGGUGGUGCGUUCCCCGUCGAUGUUCUCUCCACGCACGCCUCUGCUCUCGAUAGCAAGAGCUGGGAUGUCGUACUUCGCGUGCAGGCCGAUCACGCACACGAUCUAGCCACGUGUCUGAGCAUACUACCCUCACCGGUGAUUGAGGGUCAAAGAGUGAGGCUCAGCGUCGUCGGACCCACGACGGCGAUCCAGACACUGCAGAACCUUUUUGUGUAA